AUGACUUUUAAGGUUUUCCGACAUGGCGAUCGAUCGUCUAUUGAGUCGUAUCCCAAUGAUCCUCAUGGGGAGAAAGUGUGGGCUCAAGGCUUCGGGCAGCUGACUGAGCUGGGCAUGAAACAACAGUUUGAGCUGGGUAGGUUUCUAAGGAGGCGUUAUGGCAACUUUCUCAGUGAGGACUACAACAACAAAGAGUUAUAUGUAAGGAGUACUGACUACGACCGUACUCUAAUGAGUACCCAGGCCUGCCUUGCUGGGAUGUUCCCCCCAACCAGACGCCCCCCUCCCAUCAUGCCCCAGUUACUGUGGCGGCCUAUUCCAGUGCACACCAUCCCCAGGGCCCAGGACAAGCUGUUGAGGUCUCCAGGCAAAGACUGUCCAAGGUUCAGAGCUCUGAUGACGGAGACCUUUGAGAGUGAUCACUACCAGAGGUUCCUCAGGGCUCACAAGGUGGUGUUUGAGUUCAGGACGGGGGCCUCCUGCGUUGAAUUUUCACACCCUCUGCUGGAAGCACAGUACCUGCAAUACUUCGUGGAGGGACUUUCCAACCACACUGGCUACCCCAUCUCCAAACUGGUUGGCCAAAAAAUAUGGAGGGUCUACGACACUCUUACCUGUCAGCGGAUCCAUAACCUAACUCUCCCACGCUGGGCCACCCAAGAUGUUCUGGACACCCUGAAGAGAAUUGCAUCAUUUGAGGUCAUGUACAGCAUCCUCAGUCACAAGCGCAAAGAAAAGGCCAGGCUCGCGGGAGGGGUGCUGCUGAAUGCCAUUCUGAGGAAUUUCUCCAGGGCUGUAGAGCAAAGGAGCACUCUCAAAUUCAUUAUGUACUCAGCCCAUGACUCUACCCUCAUCACCCUCCAGGCGGCUCUGGACGUGUACAACGGCCUUCUUCCUCCCUAUGCUGCCUGUCAACUCUUUGAGUUCUACCAGGAGUAUGAUGGUUCCUAUUCUCUGGAGCUGUAUUACCGCAAUGAUUCCUGGCGGGACCCUUACCCCAACCCUGUGCCAGGAUGUAAUGGGUUAAACCCCUGCCCUUUGUCCAUGUUCACUGAGCUGGUGCGGGACGUGGUGGCAGAGGACUGGGAGGCUGAGUGUGUCAUAACAGCUCUUGCAGUGGCUGUGGGUCUCCUGGCAGUGGCGCUGUUGUUCAGCAUAGGAGUGGCGAUCCACAGGAGGAGAGCACACUACUCCAGGGAGGUGUAG